GGUUUAUCAAGAUGGCUGCGACCUCCCAGUUUGCCAGUCGAUACAAAAAGGAUUUGAGUACGGAAACUCUCAGAACAAAAGUUGCACGCAGAAAAUCAAUGCUUCAAAAGGAGAACAGACACAAGAUGUUUGAAAAGGGCAGACAGUUUGGACUGGCAGAUGUCAAUGUUCAGCUGUCAAAAGAGAGGGGAAUUUCUCAACUAAAUGAGACAAGUGAAAUGUGCUCUCAAGAGAACAGCAGUGUAAAGCAGAAACAAUCUACAAAUGCAGCUACCAAAAGGAUUAAUGAACGCAAGGAAAUGCUACAGCGCUAUAAAGAAGAAAAAGAACUUCGAAAACUGAGAGAGCAAAGAGAGAAAGCAAAAAAGGGUGUGUUUAAAGUUGGGUUAUACAGACCAACUGCACCUGGAUUUCUUUCACAUGUAACUGAAGAUCCUGUGACAGUGAAGCCAAAAGAGAAGGCAGCACCUGCUAUCUCCGGGAGGAUUACUCGAUCAAAGGCCAAGAACCAAGAAGAAAAAACUGUGAUACCAACUGCAUCUAAGCCCUCUACGGUCUGUGCCAACGGGCAUAAUGUGCGCCCUACACAAGCAGGACGUAAACAGAUGAGUGCAGACAAAGCGGCCGAAAAAGAGAAAGCGUUGCAGGCUGUAAUCCAGACAACCUCAAAUGUGCGCAUCACCAGAGCAGCUGCCUCUGCAGCGAGGCAGAUGCUGAAAACAACAGCUACUGCUGCUACUACUGGUAACCAGUCACAAAGAAAGACAGCAAAUGUAGGAAAGCAGAAGCAAGCAGUCAAACCUGACAUCACGGAGGUGAUUCCUUCUAAACAUGAAGUGGGUAAAAAAGCUCAAGCGGAUCCAGCAAUGAAAGAUUCUGCAGCUGAUUCUAAACACUCAGUGUUGACAGAAUUUCAAACCUCAGCAGAAAACACUUCUCCUCCAGGGAGACCCAGAACACGCUCUUUUGCACCUCAAAACUUUGUGUUUCAGCCAUUAAAUGGAUUAGCGACCUACAAAGUUACACCCAUGACUCCAUCUAGGGCAAAUGCAUUUUUGACACCUAAUGCCUUCUGGGAUUUUUCCAAAUCUCCAGUUAAUAUCAUUGAGAAAUCCAGUGAAACUAAGGCACAAGAGCCUGAUUUGAAAAGUCAAAUUUCACGAGCUGGUAGAGGCAUUCAAGAACAGCAAACCACUCCAAGUUUGAAAGGAGCAAAAGCAAGUGAAUCAGAUGAGAAAACUUCCAUUCAGAGGUCAAAUGAAACAACUGUCUCUACAGAUGUGACAGCUCUUGAAAUGAAGUCAGAUGAUAUAAGAGAGCAAGAGCAUGAUGUGCCCUACUUCAGAAAUAUUCUUCGGUCUGAGACAGAGAAGCUCAUGUCUCAGUGCCUCCAGUGGGAUGGAAAACUUGAGUUGGACAUUCCAGAGGAUGCUAAAGAUCUUAUUCGCACCACUGUUGGUCAGACAAGACUGCUCAUAGCAGAAAGGUUUAAACAGUUUGAAGGACUGGUGGAUAAUUGUGAAUUUAAACGGGGUGAAAAAGAAACAACUUGUGCAGACUUGGAUGGAUUUUGGGACAUGGUUAAUUUUCAGGUUGAAGAUGUGAAUAAAAAAUUUGAUAAUCUGAAGAAGCUUCAAGACAAUGGGUGGCAACCACUUGAUGUCCCAAGCAAAGCAAUUGUCAAGAAAAAGACUGUUCCAAAUGGAGUGUCUAAACCAAAGCUGGGAGCGGCCGGAAGAACUGCUGCCCAAAACCGGCUUGCUGCUAUAAAAGCAGCUCUGAGGGACCAAGCGAAGCAUGACGGAGCUGCUGACUGUACACAAGUAGAAAAAGUGGUUUUUGAAGCAGGAUUUUUCAGAAUUGAAAGCCCUGUGAAAACCUUUCCAGACACACUUUCAAAGACACCUUGCAGAUCUUCCCAGCAGACUUCUGAAAAACUGGCAACUCCAAGGUCAUCCAGCAGAGCUUUUCUUCGGAGGGUUCCUUCUGUUCUUGGUAACCCUGAGGAUACAACUGCAAAACAAGCAACACCAGUGCUCAAAGGCUUCCACCCAGCACAACAUUUGAAAAUGGACCAAUUUCCCACUGGAAAAACUCCCUCGCUGGAAAAACUCCCUGGUGGUCUUCUUGAACAAAGCAUUUCUGUAGUUGCAGAAGAACACUGUCCUGUUGCUGGCACAGCAGAGGGAGCUAAGCUGCUGGAAAAUUCUAGCAGUGAAUUAAAAGUAAUGGAUGGCAUGGAAGAGAUGGAACUCUCUGCUGCAGAACAAGGACAGGAUAUUGUCAUGUGCAGUCCAGAGAAGGAGGCCUGCACAGAGACCAACUUUGCUGGGGCUGGAGAACCAAAAAUACAUCAAACAGAUGUUUCAUGUAGUGAUUCGACAUCCAUGGAUAUGCCGCUACUGGAUGCUGAGCUUCCCUUCACUCCAGUCAAGAGCAAAGCCGGGAAGUUUGCAGCAGCUGAAGCGCUCAGUGACCUUAUUGUAUUUUCUCCCCUUUCUCCCUCUGGGGAGAAAUGA